AUGGAACAUACUUUGAAUAAGAUUAUCCAUUUGGACGGGGUACAGGCACGACCACCAAAAGCUGCUCAAUUUAAUAACGGAAAUGUUAGUUUCGAAUUGCAAAUCCAAUCAAAUAGCAUUGUUUCAAAUUGGGGAAAAUAUAAGCCUAUAAGAAUGAUAGAAGAAGAACCAGAGUUAGUUAAAAUGGAAAACCUUUUAAACACAGUAAAACCCAUUAUAAUAAAAGGAUAUGUGAAAACAAAUUUUACAUCAGUAAACAAUAAGAAAUAUAAUAAAAUAAUCGGUUGUGGUUCAAUAACAAACGGAUAUUAUAAAAUAGAAGUACAUAUUACAAAUUUUAAAGAAGAUGAUUACACUAAAUUUGAUAUUAAUAAAGGCGAUCACGUUGAAAUUAUUGGAACAAUGCAAACUACUGUAAAACCACCAUAUUUAGAGGUGAAUAACUUAAAUGACAUUAAGAAGAUUGAAGGACACAUGCCAAUAAAUGAGCUAUUAAAAGGAAAUCAUCUGCCUAAAAGAAAGAAUGAGGAAUCUUCAACUGAUGUGACACAAAGUAAGAAAAGGAGGGAAAUAAUACCGGAGGUAGGAACAAGUAGGGAAAGCGCAGAGAUAUUUGAUAAUUAAAAUGAAAUUAAAUUUUAAUUUAAAAUUUAAAAUUUAUGACAUUAAUAAUAAUAAUGUAU